AUGGUGUCUAAAGCAGAGAAACCUAAGCAAUCCGGAAUGUUCAGUGUGGAAAGUCUUCUGGAGACGACGACUCCACAAAAAAGUUCUGUCAAAGAUGAGAAUCUGUUGAAACCUCCUGCUCCAAUAACGCCAAAAACUCCACUUAUGCUACCAGGACUGCAUCAUAUGGCUCCAUACUUUGGAGCGCAACUUGACCCGGUUAUGAUUUAUUUUUCACAGACUGGUAACCGUCUGCCUGUCAUGAGUUCUGACAGCUCACCGGAAUCCUCUGCCUCAUCGCCACUGUCCAUGCAACAUCACACCCUUCCAUGGCUAUCAUCCCAACGAGAGGAUUCACCGACCAGCGACGAUGCGAAAAUCCAAAUCGGUCUCACCAAGUGCAUGUUGCGGAAGCAUAAAAACAAUCGAAAGCCUCGUACCCCGUUUUCCACGCAGCAACUUAUUUCCCUGGAGCGAAAAUUUCAAUCCAAACAGUAUUUGUCGAUUGCCGAGCGUGCCGAGUUCAGCGCGUCGUUGCAAUUAACGGAGACGCAAGUCAAGAUAUGGUUCCAGAAUCGAAGGGCAAAAUCAAAACGACUACAGGAAGCGGAAGUUGAAAAAGUGAAAUUUGCUCAAGUCAGUGCUUACGCAGCAGCCGUGAAUGAUCCAAGUCUCAUGGCCUUCUAUCCAGGACAAUGGUGA